UAUAACCACUCACAACAAAUAUCGAUCAAUCGAACAGGUAACCAAGCAUUUCCAGAAAGUCAAACGUUCAUUGUCACUCGUCGACGUUGGAAUCACAGCAAUGGUCGAACAACUGAAAAAACCGCAAAUUAUCGCACACAUCGAAAAAUCGUUAAACUUUUCGAUAUUCGACACAAAAUGGAUCCCCCUAUCGGCCAAAUUCGUUGUGAUGGGCUCGAAACCGAACGGAAAUGGAAUUGUGAAAAUAUUCGAAUUGAACUCUGGCGAUUUGGAUUCGAUUAAGGAAUUCGAGGGUAAAGCAUCGUUUAAAUGUGGCUCAUUCAACGCAUCGUCGGUAAGAAGACCGCAACUAGCCGUUGGUGAUUUUGAUGGCAGAUUGACGGUAUUCGAUUUGGAACGAACAUCGGAGCCAACGUUUCAGGUCGAAGCGCACAAAGGCAUCGUAAAUUCCAUUGAUGCGAUUGGUGGGGCGUCCGUUACAUGUGGCGCUGCGGAAAUAUGUACUGGUGGCCGAGAUGGAACAGUAAAGGUCUGGGAUCUCCGCCAAAAUGAUGGCCCCGUUGCGUGCAUAUCAACGGAACAAAAUGCCGACACCAGAGAUUGUUGGUGUGUUGCAUUUGGAGACUCGCAUAACAAUGAUGAGCGAGCCGUUUGCGCUGGUUAUGACAAUGGCGACGUAAAAUUAUUCGAUUUGCGGACAAUGCGACAGAAAUGGGACUGUAACGUUAAAAACGGUGUGUGCGGCAUUGAGUUCGAUAGGCGAGACAUAAAAAUGAAUAAAUUGGUUGUGACAACACUGGAGGGAGGCCUUCAUGUUUACGAUUUGAGAACUCAGCACAGCGCCAAAGGUUUUGCUUGUGUGUCUGAGCGAGAUGCUGGACGUUCACUUGGAACAAAUGGAGUCAUUUCCGGCGCUAAGUCUACGGUCUGGUGUGCAAAGCACCUGCCACAGAAUCGAGACAUUUUCGUUACGUGCGGAGGUUCUGGAGCUAUUAGAUUGUGGCAUUACAACUACCCCAGUAAGAGGAGUAAGGAACUUUCUGAUGGAUCUCUGCAAGGUGUCGCUGGCACUUUAGACAUGCUACAGGCGGUUACGCUGUCCAUGCAACCGAUUCACUGUUUUGACUGGAGUCCCGAUAAUGCAGGACUGGCAGUAUGCGGAGCAUUUGAUCAAACGAUUCGUGUUCUAGUUACGACGAAAUUAAAUCUGUACUGAGUUGUGUGGAAAGGGUGGCAUUUCUUCAUUGGCACGCAAAAAAAAUGGAAAAUUUGCAGUCCUUUGCAGCUCGAAGAGUUUCUUUUUGAUUAUU